AUGUGUGGAGGAAAAGGUUUUGGUAUGACCUCUCCGUCCACGACAUGGGGUCGAGCGAUGCUGAUCGUCUAUGGGUUACCCGGAUGUGCCGCCUGUAUCCUAUUCUUCAACAUAUUCCUCGAGCGCCUUAUCACGCUCCUGGCCUACGUCAUGAAACAGUGCCAUGAGCGGAGGAUACGCAAGAUCAAGGAUCAGCACCAGAACGGCCAAGCCAAAAAUGGCGGACGGCGGCCUUCGGAACAGUCGGACGACGACUUGGAGAACUGGAAGCCUUCUGUGUAUUGGGUGUUGCUCUACUUGGGGAUAUCAGCCACUGCCAUUGCCUGCACUGCUUCCGCGGUUUAUGUCCAUGCAGAAAAAGAUUGGAGCUACCUUGACAGCUUCUACUUCUGUUUUGUCGCUUUUAGCACGAUUGGUUUCGGGGACUAUGUGACAAGUCAGGACUCUACGUACGAUCAUCAGUACCUGUAUCGAUUUGGUAAUUUCAUCUUCCUAACAGCGGGAGUGUGUUGUAUCUAUUCUCUCUAUAACGUAGUUUCUAUCGUGAUUAAACAGUUCUUGAAUUGGGCCAUCAAGAAACUGGACUGUCGUUGUUGUGUCCGGAAGCGACCGCGGCCGAGACGGAACGCAAUCACUCCCGGUCAUCUUCAAAGACAGAUGAACUCUGCAGGGAAACGAAACAAUGGCCCCGGUAAUGUGGAGGUCACUGAUUAUGAUAGCGAGACAGACGGGCGUAGGAUGUCUGAUGAGAUGAUCAGUAUGAAGGACUUCUUGUCAGCAAAUAAAGUGUCGUUAGCCGUCAUGCAAAAGCAGCUUUACGAAACAUCCCAACACCGACACCACUCCAGCAGGAACGGUGUGGGACAAGGUCUAAGCCAGGGUGUAGGGGGUCUUGCUAUGCUUAAUAACAAACUGCAAGAGACAGACAGGCGCGAUUGACAAUUAUUGAAGAAUGUCAAUCGCCUUUAGAGA